AUGGCUGCUGUCAAAGUUAGCCUCAUUACGGCAUCCUCUGCAGGCCUGGGCGCUGCCAUUGCAAAGCGCCUUGCUGCGGCCAAUUAUAAUGUUGCCAUAAACUAUCACUCUUCGCCUUCCAAAGCGGAGGCUGUCCUCGAAGAAAUGGAGGACUCCAUAGGUCAUAGCUCCACCAAUCCAUCUGGACGUUUUCUUGCUGUGCAAGCAGAUAUCAGCAGUGUGACUGAGAUCCGUCGGCUUGUGGAUGAGGUGGUCUCUCGAUUUGGACGCUUGGAUGUUGUUGUCUCAAAUGGCGGUUGGACACGCAUCACCAACUUCACAAACCUGGAUGACAACAUCGACGAGGCAGACUGGGAUCGAUGUUGGAAUAUGAAUGUAAAGAGCCAUCUGAUCCUGUUGCAUGCUGCAACAAAGCAUCUGGGUGAGCAAGAUGGCGCUUUUGUGACUAUUGCUAGCGUAGCAGGUGUCAAGCCGAGUGGGAGCUCUGUGCCAUAUGCAGUUACCAAAGCAGCGCAGAUUUAUCUGGUCAAGUGCCUGGCGGGCAUUGUAAGCCCAAGGGUACGAGUGAACUCGAUCUCGCCUGGAAUCUUGAUGACGGACUGGGGCCGCCAAUUUUCUGCUGAGCGGUUGCAAAUUGCCCAACAGAAAUCCAGCUUGAAGAGAUUCGCCACCGUAGAGGCAUGUAUUCAUUGUGUGCAAGCAGUAGCUGAAAACAAGUCUAUGACAGGUAUAAACUCAGUUUUGGAUGCUGGGUUCUUGCUCGGGUGA